CGUCAGCUCCGAGGCCCGGGCUCGGGGGCAGCGCGCACCGCCCAGCCCCGCUCCGGCCCGGCCGGAGGAGGCUACCGUGCGCCCCGCCCGUCCCGGGGGGUCCGGCUCCCCCGUGUCCGCUCCGCCAUGGGGGACGCGCUGUCCACGCACCUGGACGAGGGCCGGCGCCAGCACAUCGCAGAGAAAACGGGAAAGAUCCUGAGAGAGUUUUUCCAGUUCUACGAGGCCCAGUAUGGCGUCGCCCUCUUCAACAGUGUCCGCUAUGAGAUCGAGGGGAACGGGGGGCCACAGACUCAGCUCCUCUGGCGGAAGGUGCCGCUGGAGGAGCGGAUCAUCUUCUCUGGAAACCUCUUCCAGUACAUGGAGGAGAACAAGAAGUGGCGGAACCGCUUCAGCGUUGUGCCACACAACUAUGGGCUGAUGCUGUAUGAGAACAAAGUGGCCUACGACCGGCAGGUUCCACCCCAGGCCAUCAUCAACAGUGCCGGCUACAAAAUCUUCACCACGGUGGACCGCUACCUGGAGCUCAUCAACCACAGCAUGCCAGGAGCCAGCCCCAAGCCGGGCACCGCCCCUAUCCUGAAGUGCCCCACAGAGUUCCCCCUGAUCCUCUGGCACCCCCACUCCCGCCAUUACUAUUUCUGUGUCAUGACGGAGUCGGAGCAGCAGAAGUGGCAGGCUGUGUUCCAGGACUGCAUCCGGCACUGCAACAACGGAAUCCCUGAGCAUUCCAAGGUGGAGGGCCCGGCCUUCACAGACGCCAUUCGCAUGUACCGUCAGUCCCAAGAGCAGUAUGGCACUUGGGAGAUGCUGUGUGGGAACGAAGUCCAGAUCUUAAGCAACCUGGUGAUGGAGGAGCUGUGCCCAGAGCUGAAAAACACAAUUGUCCCGAAGCUCAAGGGAAAACUCCAGGAGAGACAGAGGCAGUGGAUACAGAUCUCAGAUGCCGUAUACAGGAUGGUGUAUGAGCAAACCAAGGCCCACUUUGAUGCGGUGGUGGCAAAGUGCGAGAGCGCCCGACCAGCGAUGGAGAGUGCCAUCCGCACAGAUAUGGACCAGAUCAUCACGUCCAAGGAGCACCUGGCCAGCAAAAUCCGAGCCUUCGUCCUCCCAAAAGCCGAGAUCUCUGUGCGGAACCACGUGCAGCCGUACCUGGCCUCCAUCCUGGAGGCCCUGAUGAUUCCCACCAGCCAGGGCUUCGCGGAGGUGCGUGACGUCUUCUUCAAGGAUGUGACCGACAUGAACAUGAACAUCAUCAACGAGGGUGGCGUGAACAGACUGGGAGAGUACAUGGAGAAGCUGUCGCAGUUGGCUUACCACCCUGUCAAGAUGCAGAUCUGCUAUGAGAGGAUGGAGCAGCUGAAGCUGGAAGGGCUGCGCCAGCGGUUUGACGUCUUCAGCACGUCCGUGUUCAAGCAGAGAGCCCAGAUCCACAUGCGAGAGCAAAUGGACAAUGCGGUUUACACCUUUGAGACGCUCUUGCACCAGGAACUGGCGAAAGACCUGAGCCCCGAGGAGCUGUGCAAGUCCAUCCAGCGCAUCCUGGAGAGGGUGCUGAAGAAAUUUGACUACGACAGCAGUACGGUGAGGAAGAAGUUUUUCCGGGAGGCCUUGCUGCAGAUCACUGUCCCUUUCCUGCUGAAGAAACUGGCGCCAACGUGCAGAGCUGAGCUGCCCCGCUUCCAAGAGCUGAUCUUCGAGGACUUCUCCAGGUUCAUCCUGGUGGAGAACACCUAUGAGGAGGUGGUCCUGCAGUCUGUCAUGAAGGACAUCGCACAAGCGGUGAAGGAGGCCGCGGUGCAGAGGAAGCACAACCUGUACCGGGACAGCGUGGUCCUGCACAACAGUGACCCCAACCUGCACCUGCUGGGUGAGGGCGUGCCCAUCGACUGGGGCGAGAAGUGCGGGGCCGCCGAGCCUGACCCUGCACCAGACCGGCGGCGCCGGGCCAAGCAGGUGGUGUCGGUCAUCCACGACAACGACGAAGAGGGUGAGGGCCAACGCGAAGAGGCCACCCUGUCGUACGAGGCCCCCCACGAGGAGGCUGCCCUGGGGGAGGCCCCCGAUGGGCUGGGGGUGCUCCGUGGGCUGUUGGGACAGGAUCCACCGGAAGAGAACCUGGCCGCUGCCGAGCCACUGCCCAAUGGCACCACGCCCCGGGAGGGCCCCUGGGCUGGAGAGCCCGGGCCAACGAUGGAGGCCAGCCAGGAAGAGGACAGCCCCGCCCCGGUCCCGCUCAGCCCACCCAGGAGCCCAAGGAAGGAGGCAGCGGCCGCUCCGUCCUCUCCUCAUGCCGGGGCUCCCACGAACAGCCCCCAGCCCGGUGACCAGGAGACGGGGGAGGGUGUGGCGGGCCACGAAGCCCCUGCUCAGGGAUCCCCCCGCUACGUCCAGACGACCACAGAAGACAGCGCAGGGGUGCAGACUGAGUUCUAGGCCAGACCCUUUCCCUCCUGCCUGCUCCCACCCAGCACGGACCCUGGGAGGCACUCGCGGCUCUCUCCUCCUGGACUUGGGGAGCUCGGGCCAGG